UCCCAAUUUUUGACAAAUUCCAGCAACAGAUGCUCGGUCGAUGCUCUCAAAUUCAGCAGCAAGCUAGCACCACAGCUAAAGCCAAUGAUGAAGGACGCCAUAAUUUCCAACCUGCACACCAAGUUCGCAGAGAAGACUUGGAAUGAUACUUUUCAGCUGGUUCGAAGAUGCAUGGAGAAAUCCAGAGAUGAGUCCAAACCUUGUGAACCUCUUGUUAGAGCUCUGGAAAGAAUCCAGAAGGUGCUUCAUGCUUCCUCUCUGAGCACCAUCAUGUCACGGUUGGAGAUGAUAGCCAAGCAACAAGGGAUGGGCUUCCACAUCACCGAGUCCACCUGCUACCUGACAGCUGACCUGUUUUAUGUGGAGGUGUUGCUGCUGCCAUGUGGUGAAGUGCAGGAGGUGAAGGUGGCUCCACAUGGAGAACCUCCUGCUUCCAGCAAGUUCCUUCUUCAUCUGCUGAGGUCCCAAAAUUUUGCAGAUUUCUCCGUGAGGUUGAGAUGCCUGUUUACCCAGUAUGACAUCCCCGGAGACAAUGAAAUGAAGUUAAAACUGUUGACGUCACUUCAGCAUCUCUGGAAAGACCUGCAAUUAAUAUCAGACUUGCAAAAGGAAUCUAAACAAUUUGACUCCCAAAUGGAUUUGAUCAACUACGGCAAGGUUGGCCUUUUAAUCACAGGAAAGGAAGAUUUUUCUAUGGCUCUCCAGUUUUACGCCCCGCCCACUGAUGUCCUAAAAGCCUCCAACUCAUCUGAUUUGGAACCAGGCAUCCAGGCAGCCCAAGUUACAGUUGGCCUCAGCAACGUGACUCUUAAACUUCCAAUGGCGUCUGUCAUCCUGCAGCCUCCUGCACUGGAUCCCCAGGGCUGUCCUGUGUUUGCUCCGCUCAGUGAGGUGCAGAAUGAGACGUUCCUUGCCUGCUUCUUGCUCAGGCUGCAGCCACCAAUCCCUCUGAUGAUGCCUUUUGUUGAGAAGCUCAGACAAAUAACAGAUAUUGCUGUACCUGAUGCUCACCUGCAGGGGUCACCCUUACCCCAGCUGCUUGUAAGAUCACCAAAUGCAUGCUGGAAGGAGAUUUUUACAGUGCCCUCUCCUGGCGGCCCGAUGCACAGUUGCAUUUUCCCUGAAGCUGCGUGGGAUGUACCCACACAGAAAGCAGUCUUAGUGGACAGGGUUCCCUUCACUCAACCAGCCCACAUCCCAUCUCUGCUGGAGCUGCUGCGCCAUCAGUGUGCCAUUAACACCCUGCUGAGGACCUGCACCUCCGGCCGGCGCUCCAGUCCAGGUGAGAUUGGUGACCUGCCUUAUGAAGUCCUCCCAGAGUCUUCUACCAGCUUUUCGGUGACCUUCCACCGACCCCACGCUGACUCCCUCGCUGUCUUGAUGGUGAGCGUUCCCAACCCACGUCGGAUUACUUGCAAGCUGUUUGGUGUAGGAAUAUGUGACCUGUCGCUGGAUGAACACAUCUCCACAGUUAUGAACAGUUGCAUGUCCAUCCCUGUGACCAUGACGACGUUAUACGGCAGACUGGAGGAAAUCUUCUCUGUCGCCACAGAAGUAGAAAAAGACUCCUCGAGUCCUGCGAUGGACAUCAGCUGAGAGUCGCCCACGCUUGUCCAAGGGACGACCGCGCCAGAGGACAGCGUCUGUGUUUGUGAUUCAGCCAAAUCUGAGCUGCUUUCUGGAAUAAACUCCAGCGCACCUGACAACACUUAAACAUUCUAGCUGUGGGUGGGUUUCCUUGGAGAUGAUAUAAACAUGAAAAAGUGUGGCAUCAUUUGUUUUCUUCACCCACUUUAUCCAAGAAAUGUGUGCUGCGACUCUGCGUUUGUCCGGUGGAGAUGCUGAUAUGCAGCCACUGGAGGUUGGAUUUGUCUUGUUGUGCAUUCCAGAGUGGCACAGAUUGCUAGUUAUAGAGGUUUGAGGUCUGAGAUUUGACCUCAGAUGGCCAGAAGCCCAGCUGCUCGGUACCGGCCAAGCCAAUCUAACACUUUAAAGACGUUCUGGAUGGCUUUAAAGCAAACACAUUAAAAUGAGAAGCAUUUAGGAUGUGUUUGUGUUGAAUGAGAUUUCCAAAAGCAUUAAAAAGGUAUUUUGGGGCAUUUUUAGACAUCUCUGCAUUAGAAUUCGAUAGGAUUUCAGAAAUGACCCCUGAAAUCAGCAGGUGAUUGGAAUCUGUGGUCAUGCUACCAACAUUCAGACAUUUAAUAAAUUUUUUGUGACAUCGUCAUUGCUAAUCACUAAUCCAUGCUAGCAAUAAGGAAUCGCUCAUGUGGAAAUUUUACUUGCUGGACCACAGCUUUCUAGUUAUCAGAUAUUUUAAGUGUAUUUGGUAAUUAUAGUUUUGAGCUGCAUCAGAAUUAGCCAAAAUUCACAUCUUCAUUUCCAAGUAACUUCACUUCCUGAAUGGCCCAGGACUGAUAGGCUAACAGCCAGUCAGAGCUCAGUUAAGGCCAAAGCAGUUUGCUUCCAUAUUAAAACAAUUCCAAUUUCCUAAGUUUCCCAUCAGUUCAUCCAAAAGUUAUGUUCGAAACCUCUACUCUGCCAUCAGUUUAGCAUAAAAGGGUUACUUCAAUGGAAGCAUUAGCAGUUACUGCUACAUUUGACCCCUAAAUGCACCAAAGUGCCUGCCUGGCAACCUAUCCUAUAUACAGUCAGGUCCAUAAAUAUUGGGACAUCGACACAAUGCUAACAUUUCUGGCUCUAUACACCACCACAAUGGAUAUCAUGAAACGAAGAAGACGUGCUUUAACUGCAGACUGUCAGCUUUUAUUUGAGGGUAUUUACAUCCAAAUCAGGUGAACGGUGUAGGAACUACAACAGUUUGCAUAUGUGCCUCCCCCUUGUUAAGGGACCAAAAGUAAUGGGACAAUUGGCUUCUGAGCUGUUCCAUGGCCAGGUGUGUGUUAUUCUCUCAUUAUCCCAAUUACAAUGAGCAGAUAAAAGGUCCAGAGUUCAUUUCAAGUGUGCUAUUUGCAUUUGGAAUCUGUUGCUGUCAACUGUCAAGAUGAGAUCCAAAGAGCUGUCACUAUCAGUGAAGCAAGCCAUCAUUAGGCUGAAAAAACAAAAGAAACCUUUCAGAGUGAUAGCAAAAACAUUAGGGGUGGCCAAAACAACAGUUUGGAACAUUCUCAAAAAGACGGAAUGCACCAGUGAGCUCAGCAACACCAAAAGAUCACGGAAAACAACUGUGGUGGAUGACCGAAGAAUCCUUUCCCUGGUGAAGAAAACACCCUUCACAACAGUUGGCCAGAUCAAGAACACUCUCCAGGAGGUAGGUAUAUCUGUGUCAAAGUCAACAAUCAAGAGAAGACUCCACCAGUGUGAAUACAGAGGGUUCACCACAAGAUGUAAACCAUUGGUGAGCCCCAAAACAGGAAGGCCAGAUUAGUUUGCCAAACAACA